UGGAUAUUGGUUUUCAAGGUCUUUGAGACAGUGCGUCAUUUUUGAAAGUAGGGGUACUCUGUUGUAGGUUUCUUUAUUCUCUCUCUCCAUACCCUUUUCUGUUGUCUGUUGCGUUUUAUAUUAAAUAAUUGAAAUGUGUAUGUUAUUAGGUCGAUCAACUUCCUUUAUUUCAAAAACCAUUCAAGUGAGUAGAACAUUCAGUUCAAGUUGUAAGUUAGCGUCCAAUGUAUACUAUACCAAAAAGCACGAAUGGAUCAAGAUUAAUGGUGAUGUUGGGAUUGUAGGAAUUUCUAAAUAUGCAGAACAGAAGCUGGGUGAUAUAGUGUAUGUCGAGUUACCUGCUGUUGGAGACAAGAUCAAUGUUGACGAUCAAUGUGCCGUAGUCGAAUCAGUCAAAGCUGUUAGUGAAGUUUACUCUCCAGUGUCAGGUACCGUAAUUGAAGUCAAUCCAGAUGUUGAGAAAAAUACGAAAAUAAUCAAUAAAUCCCCUUCCGAUAAAGGCUGGCUUUUCAAGCUUCAGCUUUCAGACCUAUCGCAAAUCAAAGACCUUUUAUCUGAAGAAAAUUAUAGUGAAUUUUUAACCUCUGAGUCUUGAUGAUGGAACUGAUUCUUUAGUCCACUUCCCUAGGCACUACGAAUUUCCACUGUUUGUAUUUUGAGCAAUAAAAUGUAUGACAAAAAAA